AUGCAACGCAAUGGCAUGGAAGAACAGUCGUCUCAUGACCACAUGCUUUCGGCCGACGACGCGUCAUUGCUCGCAAUGGAAUUCAAUAGGAAUCCCAUUGUAGAUGAUGAAGCAGCUUUUGACAUUUAUGCAUCACCCCCUCAUCCUGAUGCGGCAUCUCUACCUCGACGACCUCCAGUGGUCACUAUCAUGGGUCACGUUGACCACGGUAAAACUACUCUUCUCGAUACUCUUCGUUCGUCGUCCGUAGCUAAGGGCGAAGCCGGUGGGAUAACACAACAUAUCGGGGCUUUUUCCGUUCCAGUACCUAGUGAAGCGAGGUUAGAAGAUACCCCUCAUACGAUCACGUUCCUCGAUACCCCCGGCCAUGCAGCGUUUUCGGCCAUGCGUGCGCGCGGUGCUCAAGUGACUGAUAUCAUCGUUCUUGUCGUUGCAGCUGAUGACGGUGUGAUGCCACAAACGAAGGAGGUCAUAGACUUGAUUAAAAAGGAGAAAGGCAAGGUGGGAGUGGUCGUUGCUAUCAACAAGGUUGACAAACCAGAGGCAGACGUUGGAAAAGUGCAGAGUGCUUUAUGGGCAGAAGGAAUAGAACUGGAGGCGAUGGGCGGCGACGUGCCUUCUGUGGAGGUGUCCGGAUUAACUGGUCAUGGAUUAGGCGAGCUUGUCGAGACCAUUUCCCUUCUCGCAGAGCUCCAGGACAUCCGAUCAGAGGCAGAAGGCCCUGCCUAUGGUUACAUAUUGGAAUCAAAAGUGCAAAAAGGAUUGGGCAAUACGGCUACGGUAUUACUUCUGCACGGAAAACUCACACCUUCCUCUUACAUUAUCUGCGGCACGACUUACGCAAAAAUACGACGUCUAACGGACUCCUCUGGUAGGACAGUCAAGGCAGCGGCGCCGGGCUCCGCUGUUGUAGUCAGUGGCUGGAAGGAACUACCGUGCACCGGAGAUGAAGUCCUCCAAGGAAAGGAAGAUGAUGUUAAACGGGCCGUCGAUAACCGCAAGCGGAGGGCUAGCCUGGAAGCAACCUUGGCGGAUGCUGAGGCAAUAAAUUCAGCGCGCCGUCAGGACCGCGAAGAACGAGAGAGAAAGCUCAAAGAAGCAUCUGGAGAAGUAGAGCAGACCGAAAUACCCGUGUCUACCAAAGAGGCUGGACCAAAGGAACUCCGCUUAAUAAUUAAAGGCGAUGUAAGUGGAAGCGUCGAAGCCCUUGCUGCCGCAGUCGAAGGCAUUGGGAAUAAGGAUGCGGUCACGAAGGUUGUCUCCUCUGGCGUCGGAGAGGUCACUGAAUCCGAUGUCAUGCUCGCUAAAGCAGUGGAAGGCAUGAUAAUUGCUUUCUCCGUUAACGUCCCACGCGCGGCCGACCAAGCUGCUUCACGAAACGAGGUCUCCAUGUAUUCUUCGAAUAUUAUUUAUAGAGUCCUUGACGAGGUGAAGGAGCGGCUUGUGAGGCUUCUACCAUGCAUUAUCGAGAAGCGCAUUUCUGGAGAGGCGAAUGUACUUCAAAUAUUUGACAUCAAUGCGAAGGCCAAAUCAAUCAUCAAAGUUGCCGGAUGUCGAGUGUCAAACGGUGUUAUUGAAAAGAACAAACGGGUUCGGGUAUUGAGGGAUGGCAAUGUCAUUCAUGAAGGUACUCUGUCGACGUUACGUAUACUGAAGCGGGACGUCAUGGAAGUAAAGAAGGGGUUAGAAUGCGGUAUUAACAUCACCAACUUUAGUGAUCUGCGAGCAGGAGACUUCUUACAGUUCUACCACGAGAUAGAGAAGCCAGGACAAUUAUAA